CGCACCUCCCCGGCGCGCGCCUGCCCGCCCGCCCGCUCGCCCCCGGUCCGGACUCCUCCUCCUCUUCUCGCCAUUGCAGUUGGACCCAGCAGCCCGGCGCACACCGCGUGGCUUUUAGGGGGAGACCCCGGCGGGCUGUGGCACGAGGGCGGCGGCGGCGGCUGCGGUCGAAGAAGGGGACGCCGACAAGAAGCCUUUUGGGACCCUUUGUCACAUGUCUUUCUUCUUCCAUCUCUUCACUACUGUCAGAGAGUUGAAGUAUUGAUAACACCAAGGAAAUCUAUCACAAUUUGAAAAGAUAAGCAAAAGUUUGAUUUCCAGACACUACAGAAGUAAAAAUGCGUCCAAUGCGAAUUUUUGUGAAUGAUGACCGCCACGUGAUGGCAAAGCAUUCUUCCGUUUAUCCAACACAAGAGGAGCUGGAGGCAGUCCAGAACAUGGUGUCCCACACGGAGCGGGCGCUCAAAGCUGUGUCCGACUGGAUAGACGAGCAGGAAAAGGGUAGCGGCGAGCAGGCAGAGUCUGAUAACAUGGAUGUGCCCCCAGAGGACGACAGUAAAGAAGGGGCCGGGGAACAGAAGACGGAGCACAUGACCAGAACCCUGCGGGGAGUGAUGCGGGUGGGCCUGGUGGCAAAGGGCCUUCUACUCAAGGGAGACUUGGAUCUGGAGCUGGUGCUGCUGUGUAAGGAGAAGCCCACAACCGCCCUCCUGGACAAGGUGGCCGACAACCUGGCCAUCCAGCUUGCUGCUGUAACAGAAGACAAGUACGAAAUACUGCAAUCUGUCGACGAUGCUGCGAUUGUGAUAAAAAACACAAAAGAGCCUCCAUUAUCCCUGACCAUCCACCUGACAUCCCCUGUUGUCAGAGAAGAAAUGGAGAAAGUAUUAGCUGGAGAAACGCUAUCAGUCAACGACCCCCCGGACGUUCUGGACAGGCAGAAAUGCCUUGCUGCCUUGGCGUCCCUCCGACACGCCAAGUGGUUCCAGGCCAGAGCCAACGGGCUGAAGUCCUGUGUCAUUGUGAUCCGGGUCUUGAGGGACCUGUGCACUCGCGUGCCCACCUGGGGUCCCCUCCGAGGCUGGCCUCUUGAGCUCCUGUGUGAGAAAUCCAUCGGCACGGCCAACAGACCGAUGGGUGCUGGCGAGGCCCUGCGGAGAGUGCUGGAGUGCCUGGCGUCGGGCAUCGUGAUGCCAGAUGGUUCUGGCAUUUAUGACCCUUGUGAAAAAGAAGCCACUGAUGCUAUUGGGCAUCUAGACAGACAGCAACGGGAAGAUAUCACACAGAGUGCGCAGCACGCACUGCGGCUCGCUGCCUUCGGCCAGCUCCAUAAAGUCCUGGGCAUGGACCCUCUGCCUUCCAAGAUGCCCAAGAAACCAAAGAAUGAAAACCCAGUGGACUACACCGUUCAGAUCCCACCAAGCACCACCUAUGCCAUUACGCCCAUGAAACGCCCAAUGGAGGAGGACGGGGAGGAGAAGUCGCCCAGCAAAAAGAAGAAGAAGAUUCAGAAGAAAGAGGAGAAGGCAGAGCCCCCCCAAGCUAUGAAUGCCCUGAUGCGGUUGAACCAGCUGAAGCCAGGGCUGCAGUACAAGCUGGUGUCUCAGACUGGGCCCGUCCAUGCCCCCAUCUUUACCAUGUCUGUGGAGGUUGAUGGCAAUUCAUUCGAGGCCUCUGGGCCCUCCAAAAAGACGGCCAAGCUGCAUGUGGCCGUUAAGGUGUUACAGGACAUGGGCUUGCCGACGGGUGCUGAAGGCAGGGACUCGAGCAAGGGGGAGGACUCAGCUGAGGAGACCGAGGCGAAGCCAGCAGUGGUGGCCCCCGCCCCAGUGGUAGAAGCUGUCUCCACCCCUAGUGCGGCCUUUCCCUCAGAUGCCACUGCCGAGAACGUAAAACAGCAGGGGCCGAUCCUGACAAAGCACGGCAAGAACCCAGUGAUGGAGCUGAACGAGAAGAGGCGUGGGCUCAAGUACGAGCUCAUCUCCGAGACUGGGGGCAGCCACGACAAGCGCUUCGUCAUGGAGGUCGAAGUGGAUGGACAGAAGUUCCAAGGUGCUGGUUCCAACAAAAAGGUGGCGAAGGCCUACGCUGCUCUUGCUGCCCUAGAAAAGCUUUUCCCUGACACCCCUCUCGCCCUUGAUGCCAACAAAAAGAAGAGAGCCCCAGUACCUGUCAGAGGGGGACCGAAAUUUGCUGCUAAGCCACAUAACCCUGGCUUCGGCAUGGGAGGCCCCAUGCACAACGAAGUGCCCCCACCCCCCAACCUUCGAGGGCGGGGAAGAGGCGGGAACAUCCGGGGACGAGGGCGCGGGCGAGGAUUUGGUGGCGCCAACCAUGGAGGCUACAUGAAUGCCGCCGGCGCUGGAUAUGGAAGCUAUGGGUACGGAGGCAACUCGGCAACAGCAGGCUACAGUCAGUUCUACAGCAACGGAGGGCAUUCUGGGAAUGCCGGUGGCGGUGGCGGCGGGGGCGGUGGUGGCUCCUCCGGCUAUGGCUCCUACUACCAAGGUGACAACUACAACUCACCGGUGCCCCCAAAACACGCUGGGAAGAAGCAGCCGCACGGGGGCCAGCAGAAGCCCUCCUACGGCUCGGGCUACCAGUCCCACCAGGGCCAGCAGCAGUCCUACAACCAGAGCCCCUACAGCAACUAUGGCCCUCCACAGGGCAAGCAGAAAGGCUAUAACCAUGGACAAGGCAGCUACUCCUACUCGAACUCCUACAACUCUCCCGGGGGCGGGGGCGGAUCCGACUACAACUACGAGAGCAAAUUCAACUACAGUGGUAGUGGAGGCCGAAGCGGCGGGAACAGCUACGGCUCAGGCGGGGCAUCCUACAACCCAGGGUCACACGGGGGCUACGGCGGAGGUUCUGGGGGCGGCUCCUCAUACCAAGGCAAACAAGGAGGCUACUCACAGUCGAACUACAACUCCCCGGGGUCCGGCCAGAACUACAGUGGCCCUCCCAGCUCCUACCAGUCCUCACAAGGCGGCUAUGGCAGAAACGCAGACCACAGCAUGAACUACCAGUACAGAUAAGCCCCCGCGGGGCGGAGAUUUCUACCUUCUGCACUUACUCCCCAUCAGAAGAUCGAGUUUUCUGCAUCACAGUUAACAUGUCAGCUGGCCCUCCAGGCCCCCGCCCCCACCCCGUCCACGUUGCUGUGUUGUGAGGUGCAGCGGGUCACCCUGUGGCCCGUCCUGUGACCCAUAUUUAGCCGUGUUUGGGACUCCGUGUCUUCAAUGGUUUGUUAGUUGCCAUUACAACUUUGUCUGGGUAGAGUUUUUGAGUUCUUGCAGUUCAGUAUCCCUCUGUCUAUUCACACUUCGUGUUAGUGGUAACUCAGUUUGUCUUUAAAUAGUUACGGAAGGGAUACGUCAUUUGUUAAUGCUUUUGUGAAGUGAGUUAAACGAGCUUUCUGUAUUUUAAUGCUUUAGUGUUUCAGUUUUAUAAGUGAAGAUUUUAUUUUAAAAACCAGUGGGAAAGAGUGGGGGGUUUCUUUUUAUGUCUGGGUCAUUCAGGCAGUACAUCUGAAUUAAGCUGAAUGUAGACAAAUAAAGAAAAACAAAACUGCACCCGUCUUAGGCCUGGGUGUCUGACCCACCAGCAGUGCAAUGGGCAGGUUUCCCCGCUCUAUUCCUGCUCUUGGGAAAGCAGGGUGGGCCAUCAGGAUGGUCCCUGGUCCUUAGAGAGGGUCCAGUUCCAGGCUUGUAGACAUUUUACUCAUGCUCAGCGAAGGCUUUUUCCUGGUCCCCUGGGCUGUGUAGACCCAGUGUCCCCCCAGGCUCCAGGCUCCCACCGUCUACAGAGGGGCUUAUGGUGCCCAUUCUGGUCUUGGGGAACCCAUCACAAAAUAGGCAGGCUUUUUCUGCUCCCUGAUUCUGGUGUAGUUCUAAGUACACCAGUGAUGUCCUCUGUAGGGGGCGUGCCUGUGGUGGAACACAUAACUGAGUUACAAAAGAAAGGGCAGGUGAGGCCUGGUAACCCCAGCCAUGGACUGUCAGUGGCUGGAGGAAGCUUUGUGUCUGUGCUGGAGCUGCAGCCUGCUUGCCAUCUGGAGGCUCAAUGGAGUGGGGAGUUGGGGUUCUCCCACCAGCAGAUUUCCCUAGAGCGUGAUUCUCCCAUCUGAGGCAAUCUCGCCUCCCAGGGGAAAUUUUGCAAUGUUUGGAGGAUGUUGUCACAGCUAGUAGCAGGUGCUCUGGGAUCUAGUGGAUAGACGCCAAGGAUGCUGUCAAGCAUACUAUGCUGCCCAGAACAGUGGCCCAUAGCACGGACCUGCCCUAUCAAAAUAUCAGACGUGUGGAGGUGGAGACCCCACGCUACAGCAGCCCUUCUCAGCUCCACCCUGCCUGGGGAGGGAGGAGGAGCUCUGGUUUCAGGGCAGUGCUGGGAUUGUCUUUCCCCAGCAUCUGUGUCGGCAAUCCGGGAAACUCUGUACUGGCCAAGCCUGGGACCACACAUCUACAGAGAUCCUGCCCUGCUGGCCUGAGCCCCAGGCCUUGGCCUCCUGUGCUUGGGUAACCAUGGCCACUGGGAAAAGCGAGGACCAUUUUUUACUUUCUUGGAGAGGUGAAAGAGGCGAAAGAACAAGUUGUGUGCUAGAAAACUUUUGAGGAAUUCUCAUUUGUGUUAGAGCAAAGGAGGUCCCAGAUACCAAGUGGCCCCUCCCAGGAAAGGCUGGGAGAAGAGGUGGCCUGGAGUACCCCGAGAUCCCAGCAGCGCACACAGUGGAGGGAUGAGGAUGGAUGGGUCCUACCCCCGAUUUUGAUGGGAUGUGUUCAUGUCCUGUCUCCUCUCCUGGACACAUUAAGGGGUUGGGACAAGAAGAGACUCCUGUGAGAUCAGCAGACCUUGUGUUUAAGGAGAGAAUACCAGCCUGCAACACCCAUGGAGAGGGACGCUUCCUGGCCCCACCUGCUAAAUACCUCCAAACUCUGGGCAGGCGCCUGCAUUCUCAACACAGGACUUUCCUUACAGUUUCCCAAUCAGUGACCACCACCACGUUCAAGUUUCUGAAUGCAGACCCACCACGAGGGAUGGAUGUCCGCCCUGCUGCAGAUCUGCAGCACAGCAGGCACGUGUCUGGAGAGAACAGCUCCUGAGCACAGCACCCUUGGAGCCCUCACUCUGCUCAUGGGCCUCACCAGUGCUGAUGAUGCCGUCAUGCCGCUGGCCUGAGACAGUAUUCCAGCUACAACAGGACGACACUGGGUUCAGGAAUAUGUGGCUAUCAGCUUGAGCACUGACAGUGGCCUUCCAGGCUAGUUGCCUUCCAAACGCAGGUAGCCGAUCUGCAGGAGGGCCUACAAACGGGCUCAGCAAGAGCUGGGCAACAGCUGGCUUGUGAAAUGAGACACCUUGACCAAUAAGCUUUGGGUGGACGGUGUCCUACAUGUUCAAUGGAGGCCACCAGGAGCAUCCAUGAGCGGGGAAGGGGUCCACACCCUUACAUGGCGAGUUGAUACAAUGGGGUGCUUGGUGGAUGGGCCAUGGAGGUCCGUGAGUGGGAACUGGGCACAUGCCAUCCCAGAGGGCUCAGGAUGCCCCAGGAAGGAAAGAAGGGCAACAGACUACAUGAUUGGAUGUGUGUGGUUGACUGGGAUGAAGUUGGGGGGAGGGGCAGAGCCUUGCAGGGGAUUGGUGCUGAUCCCAGGGAGGGAGUGUUGGGGCUUGAUGAACUAGGAUGAAAGGAGGCCUCUGAGCCAUAACAAGGGGCACAUCCAGGAUUUCCACCACCCUGAAUUUAGUAGAGCUAGUAGGCCCUGGUUGUCACUCUGGACAGGGAUGCCGUCAGCCUUGAGGGUCGCCACCCACCUGUGUGUUGCCCUUUGUCUUGGCAGGGAAACAUACACCCCUUGUCUCACCACCAGCCUUGUGUAGUCAGCAGGGCUGGCCCUGCCCUGAGGACUCACUGCAUGUACCCGGACCCCUAGGCCUGGCCUUUGCAGCAUAGGUGGGAGCUUCUGGAUUCCAUCUGCACCUGUGAGCCCCAUGCUGGCUGUGCACUGCGCGGGCCUGAGACCGCUGGAUACAAUGUUGGGCAACAACUCAGCGAGCCUGAUGGCAGCCUCAGAGGCUCACUCUAACCCAUCCCGGAAUAAAUGGAGACUUCAUGUGUUCAUUGUUUCAUUCA